GUUCCCGUCUAUUCCUUUGCCUGGGUUUCACUCCUACAUUUGGACCUCACUAUUCACUCUCUCUCAUUCUGGGAGCUUGCAUUGCAUUGAUUGGUUCUACUGCCACAAGGGCCAUUGCAUUCUACACCCAUCUCUCCUAAUGUCAUUGUUCACCUUCGGCCUUUGUUAACAACACAUCUCAUAGAGCUUCUGGGUGGCUUGGUACAUAUCCGGAACACGAGAUUCUCUUCAGGAAUAACAAGGCCCUUUCAAUAUGGCUACUGCUGCCACUCCUGCACGACCCUUACCGGGUGGAUUUGCCGUGACUCCUGCUGGCGCAACUCCUGCUCCAGGCGGACCCGUGAGACCACCAGCCUUCCGAAUCCCGUCCAACCCCAGAGUACCAGCCGGUCCGGACAGAGGAUUCCAACCCUUAAAUGAACCCAAUGGAGACAUGUCGGGCCCAGCUCCUCCGGUGUCCCUGACUGCGACAUCCCUCAACCCGAUCGAUGUCGCCGCAAAAACCAUCAACGGCGCCCUAGCAGGGGAAGCGCGUUAUCCAGACCUGGAGAGCUUGGUUGCCAAUGGCAUCUCCUCCGAUUAUGACCUAGCAACGUCCGCCGUGUCCUUUCCAUUUCAAAAAAUCCGAUCACACGAGAUCCCGGACCGAAUAUUUCACCAGUACGAUAACAGCUCCCUCGCGGUGUCGAUGGGACUUUUUGCCGAGAUAAACCAUGCGUGGAUGACAAUCGAUAAUGCUCUAUAUAUCUGGGACUAUACCAUGCCGAAUCCCGAGCUCAUCGGGUUCGAAGAGCAGCCACACGCGAUCACCGCCGUCAAACUGGUCAAGCCGCGAACCGGAGUAUUUGUCGAGGCCAUAACCCAUCUCUUGGUGGUGGCAACGGUGAAUGAGAUCUUCCUCGUUGGCGUUGCAGCCAGUAGCAACAACGGCGUGACGACGGUGUCACUCUAUCAGACUAAGAUGCGCGCUCCCGUAUCUGGCCUCGAUGUUCGGUGCAUUGCCGGAGCAAGUCAUAGCGGGCGCAUUUUCUUCGCAGGAUAUUGUGCGCGCGAUAUCUACGAACUCACCUACCAGCAGGAGGAAAAGUGGUUCAGUGCAAAAUGCUCGAAGCAUAACCGGACUUUCAGGUAUCUGCCAACAAAUUCAUCAUGGUUCGACGAAGCCGCAUACGAGGAUGUGGCACAGUUGGUCAUUGAUGACUCUCGGGACCUCCUGUACGCGCUCUCUUCCGUCGGCACGAUCCGCGUAUACCACCUCCGACCGAAUGCGUGUCGGCGCGUCAUUACUCUGACGUGCCACUCGAUACAAACGCACAUGAGCCACAUGUUCUCCUCCCGGGCCACGAUGCCAGCUGGUCCCAUCGAAAUCGUGUCCCUUACACCCAUCACCAGGUUCGAGGCGAGGAUUAUGAACCUUGUCGCGAUAACAUCAACAGGCACUCGGAUUUUCUUCACUGCUACAACGUCAGGAUAUGAACGGCCGGAGAACAAAGAUGCACCGACCAGUAUGCAAGUUUUCCACGUCAAAUUCGCUCCGUCCACAGACCCCCAGCCGAACACCUCUGCAGCUGUUGGGCGUACCGUGAACACAACGUCGGAUUACCUAGUCAAAACCCGCCUUGGCGCACGAUAUGGACCUGGAUACUUCUUCUGCUUCGUCAGAAAAGGCAACGAUGAGUUUGACCACAUGUUUGCGUGUGCUCCAGAUUCCGGCCGCGUCGCGAAAGGGGCAGAAAGCGCUCUUGAUCUACAUCUUGUCGAACAAGGACAUACGUACACUCUACCGGGCGUGACUGCGGAUGUUGGUCUCGUGACGAAGCCGUUCGGAGCCACCUCGACACCUCUCGGCUUUGGGAAUGAGCUUGCUGAGCAAUACGACACUCCAACGGCGGAAGUGGCGGUGCUGACAUCGAGUGGCAUACACACAUAUCGGAGACGACGCCUCGUCGACAUGUUCGCUGCACUGCUGCGGUCCGGCAUCGAGCAGGAGGAUACACAGGCAUCGGUGGCCAAAUUCGUCCGUCAAUAUGGCCGAAAUGAAAUGGCUGCCACCGCCCUUGCCGUGGUUUGCGGUCAAGCCGUGGAUGUCAAUACCGAGGCGAGGGUGGCCAAUGUCACCGAUCCAGAUAUCAUUGGUGCGGCUCGUACAGCGUACAUCGAGCAAAGUGGGAAAGCCUUCAUGAAUACCAACAGCGACUCCAUUCAAUUCUCGGCGCGUCAUGACGGGUUGGCACUGUACAUCUCACGACUCAUCCGCUCCGUUUGGAAAGCAAAGGUGCUGAAGGAGACAUUGAAAGGCAAAACAGGUCUCACCGUGACUUCGACCCUUGCGACAGCGAAAUUGCAAAGCGUUCAACAACACUUGGUCGCUUUACAGAAGUUCUUGGAUGCAAACAAGAACUCAAUCGAGGGGCUUGCUGGUCCAGAAGCCCUGACACGGGUACGGACACGGCAGGAUGAGAUGCUAUUGCAAAACGAGCAUCGGGCCAUGAACGCGCUUGUUCGACUCAUCACAUCCAUCAUCGAAGGCAUUUCAUUUAUCCUGGUGCUUUUCGACAACCCCAUCGUUGAAAUCAUUCUCUCUCUGCCCGAAACCAUCCGCCAACAGGUCCGCGAUCUCACAUUCGAAACUCUCUUCUGUUCGACAAGGGGACGGGACCUUGCUCGAGAGCUCGUCAAAGCCAUCGUCAACCGCAGCAUCGCCAGUGGAUCCAACGUGGAGCAAGUUGCGGAUGGUCUGCGAAGGAGAUGUGGAAGCUUCUGCUCGGCCAACGAUGUCUUGAUCUUCAAGGCACAGGAGCACUUGACAAAAGCGACGGAUGCGGGCAUCAACUCGGAGUUGGCUCGUGUCUUGUUGAACGACAGCCUGAAGCUGUUCCAGAAAGUGGCGGGUAGCCUGAGCCUGGACUAUCUCAGACUGGCCGUAGAGCAGUACACGCGGAUGGCGUUCUUUGCGGGAGCCAUCCAGCUGGUGUUACAAGUUGCGCAGGAGAUGGAUCGGAGUAAUCGAGCAUUGUCAUGGAUUAGGGAUGGUUCGCCGGAAGCCGAUCCACGGAAAGCGGCUUUCUACCAGCGAACCGAGUGCUAUGAUCUCAUCCACCAUAUCAUCAACGCAGUUGACCGUGCCGAGACGACGAUGCCCGAAGUUCCCGAAGUCGUCACUGCCCGACGGAAACAGGAAGCGUACGCCCAAAUCAACGAAUCCACCGACGAGGUAUUCCAAACCAACCUCUACGACUGGUAUAUCGGCCAAGGCUGGCAGGAUCGCCUGCUCGAUAUCUCCUCGCCAUACGUCGUCAGCUAUCUCGAGCGGAAAUCCAACGACGAUGUUCAAUAUGCCAACCUGCUCUGGCGUUAUCACUCACACUACAACAACUUCUACCAAGCAGCGCUUGUCCAGUUCCAGCUCGCACAGAGUGUCGUUCUGGACCUGUCUCUUGCCCAACGGAUCGAGUAUCUCAGUCGUGCGAAGGCUAAUGCAUCAACACGACUCACGGGCAUGGUGGAUGUUGCGGUAUCGACGGCAAAGCAGGAGAAACUGCGAGAGAUCUCCGAACAGCUCGACGUUGCAACUGUGCAAGAAGAAGUCCUGCAGCGCCUCCGGGCCGAUCCACGGCUUCCAGAAGAGCGGAGACCGGAGGUGGAGAAUGAAUUGGGUGGAGAGGUUCUCAAUUGGAGCUCGCUAUUCAACGACUAUGCCGAUCAAGCGGGCUACUUCGACAUCUGUAUCCAGGUCUUCCACCACGCAGAUUACCGGAGCACACAAGAUAUCUCCGCCACCUGGUCGAAUCUCAUCGAGCGGACUAUCGUCGACGCGCAGGCUCAGGGCGGUGCCGAGCCAUGGGAGAUGGUGGUCGACAUCGUCCGCAAACUAGGGACUCGCGUGAACCUAUCCGAGACGGUUUUUCCAAUCAAUAUGCUUGUCAACACCCUCCUCAACUUCGCCCAGCAGUACCUACAAGGCUCCCCCGCCCACUGGGUCACCAACGUCUUCCUUGAACUCGAAGUCCCCCAUGAGGCCCUGAUCAGUGCGCUUGAGGUGCCCCUCCACUCGCACGAACCACCGUUCGUCACCCCGGCGGAGCGGGCGGUCGUCGCGAACGAGGUGCUGCAUGUGUGCGAGCAUUGGUUCGCCGUGAGCCGCCGGGCGGGGGGCAUAGCGUUUGGGAGCGAGGAGAACGCGGCGGGGGUGUCGGAUGUGUUGCGGGAGGCGGCGCAGUUGCUUGUGCAGGUGCCGGGGCAGUAUGACGAGGAGCAGUUGAGGGCGAGGGAUUUGAUGGAGGCGGCGGGGAGGACGUUGAGGGGGUGAAGAUGAGGGGUGUGGAUCGUUCAAUAGUCGAGGGUUGUUUGAUGCCAAAGAACGGGAUGGCAAUCAAUGCUACGUGGCCGGGCAUUCGUACCGUAUGACGUUAGGAAUCUGGAGGGGUAUCCCGCAUGGGAGCGAGCUGUUCUUGAAUACUUCAGUACCAUACAAAAGCGACGGAAGUAGAUAGCUUGGUGCUUUGGCGUGCUUAUAGCGAGGCGUUGGUGACUGUCGGGAGACAACGUACAGAAAUCGCAUCAUUGUCCAUAGCAAAUCUUUAUCUUCAU